ACGGCUCAUUCAGCAGAGGAACUCAUGGCUCAUAGUGCAUUCUCAACCGCCUCUCUGCCUGGAGAGCAUGGGGCAGGCAAAGAGGCAAGUCUGCGUGACUCCGGAGGCUUUCAGAAGCACACCACAUUCAGCCUGAAGAUGAACCACCUUUGAGAAUUUCAGAAAUUUGCAUCAGGAAGGGAUGAUCUGAAUGGAGUUUUGCAUGCUCUCAAACAUGCCGACGUCUUAAAGAGAAACUUCCAAGUAGGAGUUUUGAUUGAAUCCAACUGCAGGAAUGGGCACUGAUAAUGGGACCUGUAGUGACAGUGUGAAUGUGGAGCAGAACGGGGGUCCAGCCAUCAGCGCUAUGAUGUUUGCAGCUGGAGCGCUCGGGAAUGUGCUUGCGCUGAUUCUUCUGGAGUUUCGGAGGAGGAAAGAGAAGAACCGGCAGCGGCAGUCUCUUUUCCACUUGUUGGUGACCACUUUGGUUAUUACGGAUCUAACGGGAACCUGCUUAAUCAGUCCUGUAGUGCAAACAGCGUAUUUGACUAACACCACACUGGUUGGGAUGAGCGAGACUCAUGCGGUUUGUAAGUAUUUCGGAUUUGCCAUGACUUUCUUCAGUUUGGCCACGCUUUCUGUCCUCCUGGCGAUGGCACUGGAAAGAUGCAUCUCCAUCGGGUAUCCAUACUACUACGGGAGGCACAUCACUAAACGCUGCGGUUACAUCACCAUCCCUUGCAUUUAUCUAGCCUGCUUUCUGUUUUGCCUGAUGCCGUUUGCGGGGUUUGGGAAAUAUGUGCAAUAUUGUCCUGGGACUUGGUGUUUCAUUGCCAUGAAUCCAGAGGAGAUCGAAGACCGAGCGUAUGCCAAUGUUUAUGCCACGGUGAUACUAUUUAUUGUGAUCAUUAUAGUGGCGUGCAACUGUUUUGUGGUUUAUCAUCUGGUGCUGAUGUACCGGAGGCGCAAGAUGAACCGGAGAUCAGUGCAGACCAGGAGCAAAAGGGACAGGAGGUACUUCUCGUGGGCAGAGGAGGUGGAACAUCUCAUUCUUCUCGUCUUCAUGACUGUCAUCUUCGUCAUUUGUUCCCUGCCGUUAAUGAUCCGUGUGUACAUCAACUCCAUGGGAAAUCCUGGAAAAAACAGAAAGACUGAUCUCAUAGCUCUGCGGUUUAUCUCUGUCAACUCCAUCAUUGACCCCUGGGUGUUCAUCAUCCUCAGCCCCUCGGUCCUGCGCUUCCUUUGGGGAGCGUUGUGUAAAACCACCUUCAUGCCCUCCAGAAACUCACUCUUCAAAACAUCCAUUUCCAAGAAUCCAGCAGGUCAAACUGAGCUUUACCAACCCAACUCAGUGGAGACCACACACCUCAGCAAGUCUGUUCAGAUGAUCUGAAGCGAUGAUGAACUGGAGAAUUCAAAUUAAAAGCAUUGUUUUUUUUGGCAGAAAAGGCUCACUGAGGUUUUAAAUAAGUUCUUUGACAGAGUUUCAAAUUCGGUUUUACUUACAGUGUUCUUUAGUGGCGGUUCAAUCCACUGUGGUGACCCCUGAUAAAGCAGUGAUUAAGCCAAAGAAAAGCAAAGGAGAGUGAGUGUUAUUCUUUAGUGCUGGAAAGUAACUGAUUACAUGUAAUCUAAUCUGGAUUACAUAUUCAAACUACAGAUUACAGUUACUUUUUACUGUACUUUUAUGGAUUAAAGAAUUAGAAAUAGUAAAUAUGAGAUUACAGAAAGAUUACAAGAUGUUCUCAGGCAAUGGCAGUAAAUAAUUGUUUCAUCCUAACACUUUUUUUAUUCAUAUUUUCAGAUCUAAAUAAAAUCAAUUGUUGUAAUUUAGAUUAUGCCUUGUAAAAGUCAUGUCAAUUCAUUCGGUCAGAAUCUAUGCUUAGUUAAUAGACCAGAAAUGAAAGGUAAUCCAAAAGUAAUCCAGAUGUAAUCUACGAUUCAAGAUAAAAAUACAUGACCUAUAAAAGUUGCAGAUAACUAUUUUUAUUAUGUCAUUUGUAAUCAGCCACAGAUUACAAUUUGUAAGUAAACCACUCAGCACUAACUUUCUUUCUAGCCAUGCAUCCAUUCAUUCUUCAAUCCAUCUAGCUAUCAUUUGUAAUCAGUCACAAUUGCAAUUGGUAAGAAAUCCACUCAGCACUAUCCAUCCAUCCAUCCAUCCAUCCAUCCAUCCAUCCAUCAUUUGUAAUCAGUCACAGAUUACUAUUUGUAAGUAAUCCACUAUCUAUCCAUUCAUCCAUCCAUCCAUCUGUCUAUGUCAUUUGUAAUCAGUCACAGAUUCCAAUUUGUAAGUAAUCCACCAUCCAUCUGUCCAUGCAUCCAUCCAUCAUCCAUCCAUCCAUCCAUCCAUUAUUUGUAGUCACAGAUUACUUUUUGUAAGUAAUCCACUUUCUAUCCAUCCAUCUAUCUAUCUGAUCACUCUAGAAAAACAUCUUCAUGGAAUAGUCUGCUGUUUCGGCGGUGAUCUGUUUGUUUUUUUUUAAUCUCAAAGCAGAUUCAGAAACCCCUGAAGACCGUGAGGUCAAAGGGACACAGUAUGUUCCCUCAACCCCUACAAUAAUUGUUUUGGGACCGGGAGCCCCAUUAACUGCAAUCGGCAGAAGAAAAACUUGAUAAACGUUUAAGGCAUGUUUAGUAGGCGUUCAAUCAUAGAGGAUUUUCCAGUUUUUUAGCGACACAGAAACUGUCCUGAAGCUAUCAUGAUCACUGGUUUUCCAGUUUUACCAGGGUUGUGCUUUUUCAGGUCAAAGUUGAAAAGGCACAUUUUCCUAAUCCUAGUCCGUCACUUUGGACUCUUUUGCUGUCGAGUGAAUCAUGUGAUGCGAUUUUCUGCAACUCGAGCAGUUCUUUUAAAGCUACAUGUAUGCGUGUAUUUAUCUAAUCAAUAUAUUUAUUGUGCUUUAAUUUAUGUUGCCACAAUAGUGACAUAUAUGUGUCUUCAUACGUAGGCUGACGUGAUUCAGUGUUAAUCAUUUCUUUCAUGUGAGAGAAUACGACUGUACAUAAUUGUACAUAAUUACAGUAUAAGCAUGUAAGCAUGACGACAUGCGUGAUGCUGUUGAAUAGCUACUACAGACCUGUUUUUUGUGUCAAGAUACCUGUUUUUCUGUGCCUUCGAGGCUCUUGAAUGUACUUCUGAUAUAAUAUGAUGUCUGUGCAUGUACAGUAAUUCAUCUAGAAUUGUUGUGACAUUGUCUGUUAAAUGUAUUGUAUUCACAUCAUAGCCAUUUACAUGAACUGCAUAAAGGAGGAAAUCGAUAAUAGAUGAGAGCCUGGGGCAAGAUUGUUUGUUAAAAUACAGUUAAGUUGCUGGAUUUGAAUUUGGGAAGCAAUUUGGUUUGAAUGUAAGAAAAUGUAAUUAAAAUAUGUACUGUAAAUGCAAA